UGCAAAGCUGUAGUAUUUAGAGGAAACUCAGAGCAUCUCUCAGUCUCAGUAUUUGCUGACAGGUCUCUUGGAGUCAUGGCAACAGCGGGGAAGGUGAUCAAGUGCAGGGCGGCGGUGGCCUGGGAGCCCAACAAGCCUUUGGUCAUAGAAGAAAUUGAGGUGGCCCCGCCUGAGGCUCACGAAAUUCGCAUCAAGGUUGUUGCGACGGGGGUUUGCCACUCAGACCUGUACCACCUGUUUGAGGGGAAGAAGAAGGAGGGGUUCCCUGUGGUGCUUGGGCAUGAGGGGGCGGGGAUUGUAGAGAGUGUUGGACCAGGAGUGACAAAGUUCAAGCCAGGGGACAAGGUAAUUCCACUCUUCAUCUCUCAGUGUGGGGAGUGCAGGUUUUGCAAGCAUCCCAAGACUAACCUGUGUGAAAGAAGCUGGUCCAACGAGAGGUAUGACAUCAUGUCGGACACCAUCUCCCGUUUCACCUGCAAGGGGAAGACCAUCCUGCAGUUCAUGGGCACCAGCACCUUCUCCGAGUACACCGUGCUGAACGAGAUCGCCGUGGCCAAGAUCCAUGACUCCGCCCCCCUGGACAAGGUCUGCCUGCUGGGCUGCGGCAUCACCACGGGAUACGGAGCCGCUGUCAAUACUGCCAAGGUCGAGCCUGGCUCGACAUGUGCAGUGUUCGGUUUGGGGGGUGUGGGUCUGGCAGCAGUGAUGGGGUGUAAGGCAGCAGGGGCGUCCAGGAUCAUCGCUGUGGACGUCAACAAGGACAAGUUCCUAAAGGCCAAAGUGCUUGGUGCUACUGACUUUGUCAACCCCAAAGACCACAGCAAACCCAUCAGUCAGGUGCUGGCAGAGAUGACCAACGGAGGGGUGGACUUCUCCUUGGAGUGUGUCGGAAAUGUGGGCGUGAUGAGAAGUGCACUGGAGUCUUGUGUGAAAGGCUGGGGGGUCAGUGUCCUGGUGGGGUGGACCGACAUGGACGACUUCUCCGCCAGGCCCAUACAGCUGAUCUCAGGCCGGACCUGGAAGGGCUCCCUCUUCGGAGGGUUCAAGAGCAAGGACGGCGUGCCUAAGCUGGUGGAGGACUACAUGGCCAAGAAACUGAAGCUGGACGAGUUCAUCACCCACACCAUGACCCUGGAGCGGGUGAACGAUGCCAUCGAGCUCAUGAAGACUGGCAAAUGCAUCCGCACAGUGCUGAGCGUGUCGCCGCUGUGAGAAGAGACGGGAGCGCCCCCUGCUGUUCCUCUCAAGCAUGUGCGCGCGGCACAUUAACACCAGCGGCACCUGAUAUGCACACCAAAAGUCUGUCAUGUUAAUCAGUCAAUAUUCUUUUGUAAUUACUUCCUGAUCACUGCAUUUUUAAAGCCAUAUACACCAUUAAAAUAACAGUGGUACCAAUUC